AUGAAAAAAGAGCUCAAGCAGAUCAGAGGAUGGAAUGACCGUCAACACUUAGUCAUUCUCAUGGCCGAGUUUCCGAUCACUAAUGGCACCACAACUGUCAUCAAGGCCCCCGAGGGCUACUUGGUAGACUUUGAGCAUCCGCAACAACAAAAAGUGCUCGAACAUUACCUGGUGUUUGGAAUCUUGGGGCCCUUGGCAUUCUUGACUCUGAUCCAGAGAUUCUACACGAAGUUCCGUCUAUCCGAUGGCCCAAAGAUCGACGAUUUUCUAAUAUUCUUCGCAUGGGUUUGUUCUAUUGUCAUGCAGUCGGUACAGAUAUGGUCUAUAUCAAUAGGGGGUUUGGGUCACCACGCCUUCGAGAUGUCCAUACAGAUAUACGAGAAGCAUAUGCUAAGCUCUUAUAUUGUUGCCCCUGUGUUUAUCACCUGCAACGGCUUGACGAAAACCUCGCUUCUGACCGCCUAUCUCAAUAUUUCACCACAAAGAUGGUACCGAAACGCGAUCCUGACAGCCAUUACGAUGGUUGCUGCAUACACUGUCAUCAUCGCAUCACUUCUCCUUUUCCACUGCCAACCGAUUCGCACAAACUGGGACCCGUACACCUCCGGAACAUGUCUAAACUCAGCAGUACUUUACAUGGCCAUCGCCGUUUCCAACAUUGUUUCUGACGUUGUCCUUUUCAUCAUACCAAUUCCCAUGGUCCUUCGUUUGCAGAUGCGGCCGGCUGUCAAAGUCGGAGCCGUGCUCAUGUUUGGCAUUGGAUCCAUAACUGUCACAACAUCUGUCGUCCGCAUGGUUUACUUACAGUCACUUCUUUCAUCCAACGAUAUUCCAUGGGUAGCAGCCCCCGCGAAUGUCUGGUCGUAA